CCCCCAAAUUCGCACACCUCCACAGCCCCUUAAAUGUUGCUGCAUCUCUGUUGUGAGCUUCAGACCCUCAGCGACAACCCAUCAGGCAGAGGAGACUUCAUGCAGGUGAACACCAUCAUGUUCCCUGUGAAGUUUUCCCUCUUCCUUCUGCUGAUCUUUCCUAUGUGCACAUUCGAGAUGUGCACAGACGGGACGCCCAAAGAGUGCCAAGAAGCAGAAUUUGCUCCGGGUUCCAAUUUAGCCGGAGAAGGCUUCGACAUCACUAGUAUGGAGCGCAAGGGGGCCUUUGUCCUCGACAUGAAUCAAUGGAAGCGUGAGAAUAAAGCUUGCACCCUGUGCACCAACCCUUACAUGGACAACAGAAGGCAGAAGUUGCCUCUGUCUGUGGUGGAUUGGAGAGCGACGCAUUCCUGCAGCAGCAAAGUCUCCAGUCAAAUUUUCAAAUCCAGCGAGUCUCUGGUCGAGUCCACCACCUCUUCUGUUGAAAACAACUGGAAGGUGGGUCUCAGUUUUGGUGCAAUCUCAAAUCUGAUGCUGGCUGGAAGCCAUUCCAAAGUCGCUGGCUACUCAAUGCAAAAAACCAAAUCUGACAAAUUCAGCUUUACAACCCAAGGUCUGUCUUGUGAGUACUACAGUUACCGUGUAUCCAAAGCCCCAACUUUGCAAAAAGAUUUUCUGGACUCAGUGAAACAACUUCCUAAAGUCUACAACCCACAAAGCAAGGACAACUAUUACCAUCUGAUUGACACCUUUGGCACCCAUUACAUCACCAAGGUGAAAAUGGGCGGGAAGGUUCAGGCUGUCACCAGCAUCCGUGAGUGUUUGGCCCACCUGGAAGGAAUUGAAGUGAACGAGGCGGAGAUGUGCCUCAGGGUUGAAGCGUCCGCAACUAUGAGCAUAAAUACAAAUUCAAUUGAGGUGCAGAACUGCCAAGCCAAAAAAGACAAGUCAGGGAGAAAAAUUGCUUUCUCCAGCUACUUUAAUGACAGGUUCACAGAAGUAAGGGGUGGUCAGACAACAGAACCAGACCUCAUUUUCUCCGCCAAAAAAGAUCCAUCAGCCUAUAAGGCUUGGCUGAACUCUGUGCCACAGAACCCCGACAUCAUUUCUUACUCUCUGGACUCUGUUCAUGAGUUAUUUCCAAAGAGUGACUGUAUGAGGGAAAACCUGCGCUCUGCAAUCACCCAUUACAUCCUGGAGAAAGGCCUGUUGAAGAAUUGCACUGAUCCCUGUAAGGCAGGUAUCAAGAGCAAUCCAAGAGAGCCCUGUGUCUGCCAGUGCCAUAAUAACCCUGCUGUGACCCCGGACUGCUGCCCAGCUGAGAAGAGUAAGGCUCGUGUUAUCAUUACAGUGGUGCGGGCCUCAGGUCUUUGGGGAGAUUACUUUACUGCCACAGAUGCCUAUGUGAAAGUGUUUAUUGGUAAACUGGUGGGUCGUACUCCUGUUAUCGCCAACAAUAACAACCCACAGUGGAACAUGGCUAUUGACCUGGGAACCCAGGUCCUGUCAGAAGGACAAAAGCUGAAGUUUGAAGUUUGGGAUGAGGACAACAAAUGGGAUGAUGACCUGCUUGGAACAUGUGAGCGAGCUCUGACAUCAGGCAACAAGAGGGGUGUUUGUGCCCUUAAUCAUGGUGAGUUAUUCUUUAACUGGAAAGUAGAAUGUACUCCAAAUCUGAGUGGCAGUUACUGCCAGAAUUAUCAAAGCAGCCCAAUGGAUAAGAACCUGAAGGAGCUGUACAGGUCCAGGCACUCCCUCCCUGUUCCCAAAGACAUCCUCCAACAGAUGGGUGUGUUUGUGAACGAAUCCACUUCAAGAAGAAACGAGAAUCUGAUGAAAAUCUAUGACGCCAACAAGAAGCACUCUAACUUUACCAAAGAGUAUUUCCUUUAAACUGGAUCCAUCUACUGACCAUUUAACAUCAGGAAACGUUCUUAACACAUGUCAGGUUUGAUGGUCAAGUAUUGCGCAUGUUUUCUGCAGCUAAGAAUUACACAUUUAUUUGAGCUUGAGGAUAAUUACAUAUCUCGCAUUAGCAUUUCUAAUUGGAUUGAAAAUGGAAAGAUGUCAAUUACUUGAAUGUCUUUCAUUUUUUAAAUUUGUGCUAUUGUCUUGCUCUUUCUGUAACGCUCACUGCUUAUCCCUUUGCUUAUCAGCAAAUCUCCUCAGAGGGGUUCACACCUGGAAGGAUUUUGACAGUUCUGUCAUUGAUGGUAUUUACUGUCAUCAGUUUUUCCUGUUAAAAAACUGAAAACAAUAAAGAAUGUGACUAUCUUU